AUUGGCUUUGGGCAAAAGGCAGUGCCGAUAAAUUGACUCCACUCCCCAUUCCCAUUGUCAGUGACGGUGAUGCCUCAUAGCUGCUCCUGAGCCCAACGUAAUUCGGGGUAAUAACGUCUAUAUACUAAGACACCUGUCCCAGCCGGACCCAACUCUGCUCUGCUCUUUUUGCAUUUAAAUACCAACCAACCAUUCCAUAAUAACCCUCCAACCAUUUCCCACAUUCUGGUAGCUUCGCGAAGCCCAACCAAAGCCGACGUUUACGCUUCAACUCUCUUGAGAAACGAUAAACCAGCAACAACCACCACCUUUGCCCACACAAAACAACAAGAAAAAAAAACCCCCCCAACCGCAAAAAUGGCCUUCGGACUCAUAACAAUCCUCCACAUCGUGGCGAUCGUCUUCGCGUUAAUCGAGCUGGGCCUGACCGCCUACGCCGUGAGCGUCUUCUACAACCGCUGGGGCCCCUACGUGGUGAGCCGGUCGCCCGACUCGCUCAACUUCAUGGUCUUCAACUCGGUCUGGUCGCUUCUCGUGCUCGCAUACCUGGGCCUGACGCCCAAGUACGCCGCCCGCCUGUUCCACAAGCUCGUCGCCCUGGGGCUGCUCGCCCUCACCACCAUCUUUUGGUUCGCCGGCUCCAUCGCCCUGGCCGCCUACCUCGGCGGGCCAUGGAACUGCGGCAGGGACACGCUCUGCGGAUCGACCUCGGCCGCUGUGGCUUUUGGCUUCUUUUUGUGGGCCAUCUUUACCGUCCUGCUCGUGCUGGAAGGUCUGGAGUGGAACCGCUCCCGCAACAGCGUCGCCUCCAACCCGCACAAGCCCCACGCUAGCACUACGCCUUACAACGGCGCCUAAAUAACGACCCUGUUUUACCCGAAAUUUCCUACCUUUAAUGAUAAUUAUGUGCAAAUGCACAUGAUAAUCCAAGACGGCGGGAUAACACCCUAUGAAAAGAGAAUGACACGAGGUGGUUCGAUUAUGAUGACAGACAAUUUGUCACGCUAUGACAUUUUGUCCAUGUUUGUUUUCUUGCUUGGUCUCAAUCGUGACCAAAUUGUUUUGCUCUUUCAAGUUGGAAAUACCCCCUUCCUUUAUAUUUUGACUCCGUUGUCAGCAUCGGCUUGGGUCUGGUGGAGACAGGUUUGGCGUCUAUGGUUCUUUCAGGUUAAUCUCUCAAUCCUAAGUAUAAUGAAGCAUCAAAUCGCAUAAAAUGAAGAAUCUGAACGGUUGUUAUCAUUGCGAGCGUCAAGCCACUCAUAUAUCUGCUUGAAAACCCCCACACCUUGUGAAUGUAUAUAUUCGACUCAUCAGGGUCGG